AACAACAGAGGCCUUCCCCCAUCUCGUCCUCCUCUCCCGUCUCUCUUAACAGCGAAGGAAGAAGACGACGCCGCGAUCAUCCGUCAUCUCCAGCCUCCCACGCGCUUCCUCCGCCCUAUUUUAGGUUGCUCGGCACGCCACCGGCCACCGACAUCCCACCUCGCCGAAUCAAUCCCCUUUGUCCUUCCCCUCCCUCUCCUCGCCUCGCGUUAGGUAGCUGUAGCUUGCUUUCGAUCCGACCCCCCACAUCUCCCUCCGGUUUCGCCAUGGGCGCCGCCGCCAACAGCAACCAUGAGGAGGAGUCGAGCCCCCUCAUCCCAGCUGCCGCCGCCGCCGCGGACGAGAAGCCCCCGCAGGCUCCGGCUCCGGCGCCGGAGGCCGCCAAGUGCUACGCCGACGGGGUCCCUGUCGUGAUGGGCGAGCCCGUGUCGGCUCACGCCUUCGGCGGCCUCCCGCGGGAGAGCUGGAACUCCGGGAUCCUCUCCUGCCUUGGCCGCAACGACGAGUUCUGCAGCAGCGACGUCGAAGUGUGUCUUCUUGGAACCGUAGCACCAUGUGUGCUCUAUGGUAGUAAUGUUGAGAGGCUUGCUGCUGGACAAGGCACAUUUGCAAACAGCUGUUUGCCUUACACUGGCCUGUAUAUGCUUGGGAACUCUCUCUUUGGGUGGAACUGCCUUGCCCCAUGGUUCUCUCAUCCCACUCGUACCGCUAUUCGACGACGCUACAAUCUUGAGGGUAACUUUGAGGCUUUCACCAGGCAGUGUGGGUGCUGCGGCAGUCUGGUCGAGGACGAGGAGAGGCGCGAGCACCUAGAGGCUGUCUGUGACCUUGCGACCCACUACCUCUGCCACCCUUGUGCCCUCUGCCAGGAGGGACGCGAGCUGCGCCGCAGGGUUCCCCACCCUGGGUUCAACAAUGGGCACUCCGUCUUUGUCAUGAUGCCACCCAUGGAGCAGACCAUGGGGCGUGGCAUGUGAGCUAUUUCAGCUCCUGCCCUACCCUAGUUCGAUCUGUGCUUCCUGUGUUUUCUUAUCUGCCGCUGUUGUCGUCUGAUAUGUCGUUUGUUUGUCAGUAAAUACGAGUUUGUGAUAUGAGAACGUGUUGGGAACUUUGGAUUGUGGCAAAUGGAUCUGUUUGCUCCUUAUUAACUGCCGUUUGGAUUCUGAACUAUAUAUUGUAUCUCCUGUGUCA